UCUAAAGUAUUUAAUCACUAAAUGUUGAAAUGAACCGUUAAAUAUAUUUAUGUAGUUCAGUCUGACGCGGGAACUACUAAACAAAAUGGAUUCUAUCGCGAAAAUAACGGCUGCAUCGUGUUUUUAACCGCGAAACUGUUUCUACUGGACUAUUGUUUUAACUAACUAUUUCUACUGCACUCUAAGUGAACUCAGUUUGAGUACAUUAGAACCAGUUAGUUAACUGUUUCUACCUGACUAUUGUUUUAACUGUUUCUACUGGACUGUGUUCUUUUAACGUUAAGAUUAACAGAUCUCUAGUUAAGAUAACUGGUCCUCUGGUCAAGGUAACCGGCCCUCUGGUUAAGAUAACAUCCCUCUGGUUAAGAUAACGGCCCUCUGGUUAAGAUAACCGGUCCUCUGGUUAAGAUAACCGGUCCUCUGGUUAAGAUAACCGGCCCUCUGGUUAAGAUAACCGGUCCUCUGGUCAAGAUAACUGGUCCUCUCUCUGGUUAAGAUUAACAUAAUUAACCUGCACAUGUUUUUAUUUCUAAUAACUUUUCUCUGUGUGACUUUUCCUUUAAUAUAAAUGUGUAAAUAAAACGAACAUAGUUAGUAAAGUAGUUUAUAAAUACAUGUUAACUAGUUAAUCUUGAACGGUUUGAGAACCUAAAACCUUAAAGUCUCCUCUCUGACCUCCAGGCUGUGUUCACCUUCACCAUGAGCUCCCGGGUGUGUAAGACCUGUGGGGGGUCCGACAUAGAUGUGGAUCAGGCCCGGGGCAGUGCCGUGUGUACCGGAUGUGGUUCGGUUCUGGAGGACAACAUCAUCGUCUCAGAGGUCCAGUUUGUGGAGGGAAGUGGAGGAGUUUCAUCUGCUGUGGGACAGUUUGUGUCCGCUGACGGUCCAGUUAAGGCUCCUCUUCUUGGUUCUGGAUUUCACACCAGUGUUGGAAAAGAGUCCAGAGCUCAGACCCUGCAGGGUGGUGAGUACCAUCUUCAUCAUCAUCUUCACCAUCAUCAUCACCUAACUAACCUGUUACCACCUGACUAACUUGUUACCACCAGACUAACCUGUCUAACGUAUUACCACCUGACUAACCUGAGUUACGUGUUACCAUCUGACUAACCUGUCUUACCUGUUACCACCUGACUAACCUGUCUUACCUGUUACCAUCAGACUAACCUGUCUUACCUGUUACCACCUGUCUUACCUGUUACCACCAGACUAACCUGUCUUACUUGUUACCAUCUGACUAACCUGUCUUACUUGUUACCACCAGACUAACCUGUCUUACCUGUU